AAAAAAAAAACCCCUCACCUGCCUCAUUUCAGUAUCUACCAAUGACCAGAAACUAGAGGCAGCAAAAAUGAGAUCUACCUAACCCUCUAUCCGUCCUUCAAAACAUACAAACAAAGGGGUUGUUUUCUUGAUUGCAAGAGAAAGCAAUCUUUUUGGACACCCAAGUGUGGUUGAAGGCUUACACAUCAGCUGAAGAACUGAUAAUUUUUCUGUUCCAAGCUUUGCUUUUGUGCUGUAUUUCCUCAAAAUUUCUAGCGAUGAUUCCAAUUGGGUUUCUGGGUUUACUGUUUUUGCUGCUCGCUCUAUACUGUGGGAUAGACCCUUUUAAGCACAGUGCAAUCUCUGAAUUUCCUGACUUCGAGUCUUACAAGGUGGAUUUGCCUCCAUGGGAACUAGUUCCGGCAGACAGGGACAAGGAUAAUUUGCUUCAGAAGUCAGAGAUUAAGUUCUUGAACCAGGUUCAGGGCCCUGAAAGCAUGGCAUUUGACCCUCUUGGUCGUGGUCCUUACACUGGUGUUGCUGAUGGUCGAGUUCUCCUCUGGGAUGGUCAAAACUGGAAGGAUUUUGCUUAUACUUCCAGCAAUAGGUCUGAAAUAUGUAAUCCCAAGCCAUCACCACAGAGUUACCUGCCAAAUGAGCAUAUCUGUGGCAGGCCUUUGGGUCUCCGGUUUGAUAAGAACACUGGUGAUUUGUACAUUGCUGAUGCAUAUUUGGGGCUGUUCAAGGUGGGUCCGGAAGGCGGAUUAGCAACACCACUUGUAACUGAGGUAGAUGGGGUGCCCCUGAGGUUUACCAAUGACCUUGACAUUGAUGAUGAAGGAAACAUAUAUUUUACUGAUAGCAGCAGCAAAUUCCAGAGAAGGAACUUCAUGCAGCUAGUUUUUUCUUCGGAGAAUAGUGGGAGGCUUCUGAAGUAUAAUCUUUACACAAAGGAAACUGCUGUCCUUGUCAGGAAUCUCCAAUUUCCGAACGGUGUAUCCCUAAGCAAGGAUGGUUCUUUUCUCGUAUUUUGCGAAGGAUGUCCGGGCAGAUUACUCAAGUACUGGUUGAAAGGUGAGAAAGCAGGGAGUACUGAGGUAUUUGCCAUCUUACCAGGAUUUCCGGACAAUGUCCGAACAAAUAAAGAAGGUGAAUUUUGGGUAGCAAUUCACUGUCGCAGGUUCACGUAUGCUCAUAUAAUGGGAUUAUAUCCAAAACUCAGGAAAUUCAUUCUCAAGCUCCCUAUAUCUGCAAAAAUUCAAUACCUGCUUCAGAUUGGCGGUAAGCUGCACGGAAUUGUUGUGAAAUACAGUCCAGAUGGAAAGCUGUUGCAGGUUUUGGAGGAUAGUGAAGGGAAGGUUGUGAAAGCGGUUAGUGAAGUCGAAGAGAGAGAUGGCAAGCUCUGGCUAGGGAGUGUUCUUAUGCCCUUUGUGGCAGUUUACAACUUGGCUUGAGUUGGGAGGCAGAAGGAAAAAUAAAGAGUUAGCAAUGGUGUUUUAUGAAUGUGGCAAAUCUUCUCUUAGCCAUCGUUUUCACUAUGAAGAAAAACACAAGAAUGUUUUCUAAGUCUAUACAUGUUAUUACUUGGAUUGCAAGUAUUUGGAUAAAAUUCUGCUGAAAAGAAAGUAUUUGGGUUUUUCCAUUUAAA